AUGGCAUCUGCACCGGCCGUCUCGCCUUCCGCGGCUGCGCAGCGCAAAAAACUAACCAGUUAUGUGGGAUUUGCCAACCUCCCGAAUCAGAUGCACCGUGCGGCUGUGCGCAAAGGCUUUACGUUUACAGCCAUGGUAGUCGGUGAAACGGGGCUUGGUAAAUCGACCCUGAUCAACACGCUUUUCAACACGAAUCUCGUUCCAAGUGGUGAGGACCGCGACAUGUCUCAGGUGCCGACGCAAACCGUCGGCAUCGAGACGAUCAGUGCUGACAUUGAGGAAAAUGAUGUCUGCCUUCGUCUCAACCUCAUCGAUACACCUGGCUUCGGCGACUUUGUGAACAAUGAGAACACGUGGGAGCCUAUUCUGCAGACGAUCGAGUCGCGCUUCGAGUCCUACCUUGAGCAGGAGAACCGUCUGAGCCGCUCCAGGAUCGUGGACAAUCGCGUGCACGCUUUGCUGUACUUUAUCCAGCCGACGGGUCACGGUCUGCGUCAUAUCGACCUUGAGUUCAUGACGCGUCUGAACAACUAUGCGACGGUGAUUCCCAUCAUUGCCAAGUCAGACACAGUCUCAGAGAAUGAGCUGCAACAGUACAAGCAGCGUAUUCUGCGUGACCUCGAGUUCCACGGCAUCGAUAUUGUGCGUCUCCCUAUGAGUGAGGAGGACGAUGAGGAGACGAUCGCCGAGGUCACCGAGAUCCAACGCCGUCUGCCAUUUGCCAUUGUCGGCUCCAACAACCUUGUCAAGACGCCUGAUGGUCGUAUUGUCCGUGGCCGCGCGUACCCCUGGGGUGUGAUUGAGGUCGACAACGAAAACCAUUGCGACUUUGUGAAGUUGCGCCAAAUGCUCAUCCGCUCCAACAUGGAGGAUCUGCGUGAGCUCACGGAGUUGCGCUAUGAAAAGUACCGCUCGGACAAGCUGCGGUCGCUUGGCGUAAUUCAGGACGACUCCGUCUUCACAGCAAUCAAUCCCACCGAAAAGAAUGCUGAGGCGCGUGCCAUGCAUGAGGCGAAGCUGGCCAAGAUGGAGAACGAUAUGAAGGCCGUGUUCCAACGCAAGGUCGCCGAGAAGGAAGCCAAGCUGAAGCAGAGCGAAGAGGAGCUGUACGCGCGCCACCGGCAGAUGCGUGCUGCGCUUGAUCAGCAGCGCCGUGAACUCGAAGAGCGCAAGCGGCGGCUGCAGAACAUGUUCCGCCAGAUGUAG